AUGGAUUCACACAAGUCAUACACGAUACCGUUCGGGGAUUUUACAGAUGUACACGAAAUUGGAUGCGCUGGUUCUGGAACAGUGAUUCACAAGGCAUUGUGGACAUCACAAAAUAAUCGGCGAGUUGCAAUUAAGAUCUACAAUAAGCAACUUCACGAUAAAGAGGUCAAUAUUCUUAGAAAACUUGAUCACCCAAACAUCAUUAAAUUCUACGGGAUUGUAAACCCUCCAUUUUCCAGUGGGAUUGUCAUCGAAUAUGCUUCAGGGGGCGAUCUUUUGAACUUCUUGGCAUCUAAACGCACAGAGAAAGUUGGAGCAAGGCUUCCACGAAGACAGUUUACCCACUGGUGCCUUGAUAUUGCUAUUGGCAUUCAGUACCUGCAUGCGCGUCGUAUUACCCACAAAGAUAUAAAAUCACCUAACGUUCUUCUAAGUGAUGAUAUUAUUCAUGAAAAAGGUGAAGAAUCGUUAAAUCGUCUGAAAAUAUGCGACUUCGGCAUCUCAAAAGAACUCACCAGUACAGAAUCAGUAGUCUCUAGACUCGGCGGGUGUACUAAAUCAUGGGCAGCCCCCGAGGUCAUUACGGACGAUCGGGUGGUUUCUCAAAAAUCAGAUAUUUACUCAUUAUGCGUCGUUUUCUGGGAGCUGUGGACGUGUCAACAGCCGUGGUCGGACCACUUGAUUUCUGAUAUUGAAACCAAGGUGAAACAGGGAAUUUUGCUCGAAAUACCUAAAGACUUUCCUGAGUUGAUGAAACCAAUGAUGUUCAAAUGUUGGCAAAUGGAGAGACACAGACGAUGUGAAAUUGACGAUAUAGUUGCCUGCAUUAAAAGUCUAAUGUCUGAGUGGCAGAUAAAAGUGUGUCGCGAAAACACCUCCUGGAUCAAAGGAAAUACUCAAAGUGGAGUGAUUACCGUGGAAAGUGUUGAAGAUCACAAAAUAAUGAAACAGCAAACACGGCUAGAAGACCAGAAACCAGAUGAUGUACCAGUUCAAAACGAGGUGCACGUCGAAGAAACAUUUAUCGAAACAGCAUGUUUUGAUGCUACAUCAAAGGUUAUAAGUAAAUCAUUUGAAAUUACGAUAAAUGCGGUUAAGAAACCAACAUGUUUUCAGAGCUCCGCGGAAACUGAUAAACAAGAGGCAUGCGAUUACGAAAAAGAAGAAGAAUACACCAGCAUAAACGAGGAUGAUGCAGUAUACUAUGUUAUCAAGCAGGAGGAGGAGGAUUAUGCGGAAGUUCCAAUAGUCGAUGAAAAAAAGAGUAAUGAAAGUAUCCAACAAAAAGAUGAUGAUUUGGAAAACUCUACAAAGCAGACUGCUGAAAAUGCAGCAGAAUUAAACGAACCUGGGGUUAUUGAAGGUGGGCAUGUCGCUUACAUUGUUAAUCGCUUCGAAAGUCUCGAUGCACUAGAUAAUAAUGCAGACGAGACUUUAAGAAAAAUAUCCGGUAAAGAGAAUACUAUGAAUAACGAAGGUGAAGAAAACACUACCAACAGUGCAGGAAGUGAGGUCGCUCCAAUCUCACCUGUACUACCAGUAGGAACAUACCAAAAUCUGAUGUCCCCAGUACCAAAACUGGUCGAUUACUACGACGAUAUUUACGGCACAUGUGUACCACCCGAAGGGAAAUCAGGCGAGGAACUAAGAAAAUUAUAUGAACAUGUAGAAAAAAGCUACACAGAUCUUAAACUUGUAAAGGAGGAAUGUAUAGAUAACGACCGAUAUAAUUUUAUAUUAAAUAGUGGAGAACUGCGACACCUGAUGACAAAUACGCAUGAUGUAGAGAACAUGAUGUCAAGGUUCUAUACUUGGUUCAAUCAAUGUAAAUGGCAAAUUUCCGCUAUUUGUCAACUAAUAACCAAUAUUCUUGAAGCAGAUUAUUUACAACCGAUAAUCAACUUUGCAAUAUAUUCACAGCUUCAAAUGAACAUGUUGAAAUGCAUAAGGUAUGGGAAUCUCCAUUUUGCGGAAAAGUUUACAAGUUUACAAAAACGAGGCUCCGAAGAAAAAAUGAACUACAAACUAUCAUUUAAAGAUCUUCAAGAAAUCAUAAUGAAACAAGCUAACUGGCUGAAGAAAUUCCAUAGUAUAUUAAAGAGUUUCUGUGACGCUCUAGUUGUUGAGAAAGUGGAAGACACAUCGGUGAUUGAAGAUAUGAAAGAAUGUUGUUGCAAAUUGCAACAAAUAAUUCUGAACUGUAAUGAACACGAAAGCCGCAUUAUUCGAAAUAUUCAGCAUCACAGCACUUCAAUACUUCAAAAACUUCGAUUCGAAUCUGUAGAUGUGAAAGAACGCGAGUCUCAGAAAGCUAUGGUAGUCGAGGAGAGUUGGGUUAAAAAGACGGGUACCAUUUAUCUUACUGAGGACGUCAAACAAAGCAAGAGGCACUCAGUAAUAGACAGGAGGAAGAAGUGCACAAUGAUGGCUUUUGUUUCAACAGUCAUUAUUGUGGAAGAUAAAGGUGAAUACUUAAGAGUGAUAGACUGUGAUCAUAAAAAUAAUGUCAGAUUUGAAAGACAAGUUUAUCAGGACAUGGGCAGCACUGGAGGUGAGACACUGAUACUAACUAAGUUGGACCCUCUUACCAAGUUACCUGUCAAAGAAUAUGGAUUCACACUCGAAGACAGCAAUGAAAUACAGGAGUGGGCGAAGGCAUUCAAAUUUUCCAAAGAGGAAAAACAAAGUCAAGAUAUGGAAUAUGUCACUCCUAUGAAUAUAGCACUAUUGGAUACAGCCCAUACAGAACCAACGUAUGAGGAUUGCUACAGGACUGAAUACGCUCGGAUGAGCCUAUACGAAAAUCCUGAAGCUACGCCAGUUUUAGCAAGCAUUAAUUCUCUGAACAAAAACACGAUUGAAAGCCUGUCGAAACUCAUUGAAUUAUAUGCUGAAAAUGUCGUUCUAAGCUCAAUUAUUGGAGAAGGAGAAAAGCAUCACCUGUACCUUAAUGUCCGAGAAGUAAAUAAAGUUAUCACAAGCUUCAACAAUUGCAUAGAAAGCAAUAUAUACGACAGUUUCAAUUUAUUCACUGAACUGAGAAAGCAGUUGGAUAAUGACUCUUUCCAUCCGAUUAUUGAAUACCAAGCACAUUUGUGUUUCCAGAGGAACAUGUUACAAUUUCAAAGAAAACACUCUACAGCAUUCAGUCAGGCACUUGGAAACUUAGAAAGAAAUUCUCAUGCUAAAUGGUGUGUCUCUCAAAUGGACUUUCAGAUGCGGCUGUCCGAACCAGCCGAUUGGCUAACAAGGCUUUACGACGAAUUAAAGUCUUUAGAGGCCGCAAUUAUACGGGACCCAGACCACCGGGAAAUAUUUCACCUCUUAAAUGCGAAUACAUUACACAUGUUACAUCAGCUGAUUCUUCGUGGACAGCAUCUCAAAGAAAGUGUUGAACAAGACUAUAGCAAGCACGUCACCUCUGUACUACUGAUGUUACCGAUUGAUACGAUCAACGAGCCUCAUUUUAUUCAAAAGUUGUCAAAUAUACAAGAUGACUGGAUUCAGAAACAAGAUCGAAUGGUAAUGUUUAGAAAACGAAAAAAGGAUCUCGUGAGUUAUCCGUUGAAGAGGCGGUAUCAUUCGACACAAAUCAACCUUUUUGUAUCUACAUCAGUCAUAAUUUUGACUUCUUCCUCAGCUGCAGACGAAACUGUCGAAAAUCUAAAAACACACAGGUUCUGUAAAUGUUUUGAUCGUAACUACGCUGAUAUGGCUAUCGUAGAUGCAAAAUCCAGAGAAAGCUGGAUGCCUGAGAGAGAAAAUUUGUUCAAAUUGUGGAUCUAUGAAAAGGAAGAUGUGGAUUACAAGCAAUAUGAAUACGUCAUCGGUCUAAACACCGAUCGAUCAAUGGAGGAAUUAUUGGAAUGGAAAUCGGCGCUUGUUGUGGCUACAGGUGAAUCAGGGAAAUUUGAUGAUUACAGACGACCGAGCCACAUUGUUACCGAAUCUUUCAUCACUGACAGAAAAGACGAGCUUUAUCUGGAAAUUGACGACAUCGUAGAGAUUCUAGAAAUGCAGGACGCCCUUGGCAAAACCUGGGUAAAGGGAAUGCUACUUAGUGAUAAGAAGAGUGGAUGGUUUCCAAGUAACAAAUUAGGCCAUGAAGUCGACAGUGAAUACAGCAGAGGUCAAGCUGUUAAACUUCGUUAUCAAAAAGAGAGAGAAAGGGGAAAGGAGGACAAUGAUGAAAAGAAAUAAGACACUUCAGUUCCAAAACUGUAAACUAAUCAAGGAAAAAGUCGUUUGUGUAUUGUGAUGUAGCUACCAGAUAAAUAUACUUAAUUCCCGUCAGCAAAAUGUGAUUACUUAAUAACUUAGUUAAUUGAUGGAUUUGUUGAUAGUUAAAAAUAAAUUACUUCACCUAAAAUACUACAAUCCCUGACCCUGCAAUUCCUGUCACAGGUUUGGCGGCCAAUGACUUUGUAGCUAUAGCAAAUCAGUAUAUUGCUAGUUUAGCCAUUUUCACAACGAACCUACCAUCAUAUUUCAAGUAAGAACGUACCUCCCUAAUUAAAUCCAUGGAAUGUAGGCCUACUCAAACCACUUAAUGAUGUAUCAAUUACUAAAUCAGGAGGGUCGAUGGUAUCCACAAAGAAAUGUGAAAGAGUGUGCUUACGAGAUGGUACCCCUUUUACUGAUAUUGUCAAUGUGGACUAGCAAAAUACCGACACAAUGGUAAUGUGCGAAUGUAAUUUAUCCAAAUCCAACUCCCCCUUAAGAUCAAUCUCACUUACUUUAACGUUAGCAACAAUUGCGGAAAAAAUUGGUUUCUAAACAUAUUAUUGAAUCAAUCAAAACAAAUAUUGACACAUACAAUAUCCAAUAUGGUAAUCAAAAGGGUAAGUUAUGUUGCUCUGAUAACCCUUUUUUAUUAUUAUAACAGAAAAUGUCUAAACAUACAUAAUAAUUAGGCUAUUAUCUACAAAAUUAUAAACAUUGUUAUCGCCUUUGUUUGCACUCACGCGUACAUUACAUAAUGCACCGACAUAAUAACGCACACGAAAUGAAAUGCAUUUUACUUGAACAUACACAAGUAUAUAAACCUACGAAAUGAUGUUUGCCCUACCUGACGCAGUAAAUAUGUACAAAAUGCUCAGUACAUUCUUAAAUACUUGCAAAAACAAUCUCGCAAGU